GGGCUCGCUCGAUCCCUCCAUGAUGUCGCGACCAAUGUACUCACAACGCACCCCCGGCCCAGGCGCACCCCUCGCCCCCGCUAUGUACUCGAGUAACAGCUCACUGCACAGCAUGCCGCCCUCGUCGCACAGCAACCGCGCCUACUCGGACACGCCCUACACGCGCUACUCGUCAUCCGCCCAGAACCUCGCUCCGCAAAUGGGCCAGAUCAACCCAUACGAAGUCGACAAUGACGACGACUGGGGCAUGGGCUCGGCCGAAAACGCCCCUCAAAAGCGACGUUCGUUUGUGCCUUUUGGUAGCUCGCGCGACGGCAGCAGUCGCAACGCAUCUCCGGGAUCCUCAAUAAACAAUGGCGCUGCUGGUGCAGCCGCCGGCACAGCUGCGUAUGCCGGGUCGCGUGACGGAGCAAAGUACGACACAGUACCCAUGGUCAACGGAAGCGGAGAGCUGUUGCCCGAGAAGAUUGCAAGUUGGAAGGCAGAGGACGACUUGAAGAAGCGGAAGAAGCGAAUGUGGAUAGCCAUUGUAAUCAUCGCAAUUAUCCUGAUAGGCGCUAUUCUUGGAGGCGUACUUGGUGCCACACUAGGCAAGGGCGGCUCUUCCGACUCGAACUCUGCAAAGAACCAGCAAGCAGCCGACAGCGUUGCCAAAGAUAACAAGGACGACCUGAGCAAAGACUCGACUGAAAUCAAGGGCCUGAUGAACAACGCCAAUCUGCACAAGGUGUUCCCCGGCAUGGACUACACUCCGCUGAAUGCGCAGUACCCAGACUGUCUCCACGUGCCGCCAUCGCAAAACAACAUUACUCGUGACUUGGCCGUCAUGUCGCAGCUGACCAACGCCGUCAGGUUAUACGGCACCGACUGCAACCAGACCCAGAUGGUUAUCCACGCCAUUAACCGUCUGGAGAUUAAGGACUCGAUGAAGAUUUGGCUCGGGGUUUGGCUCGACAAGAACGACACGACUACCCAGCGACAGAUUGCCCAGACGUGGAAAAUCCUCGACGACUAUGGCUGCGACUACUUCAAGGGCAUCAUUAUCGGCAACGAGGUGCUUUUCCGCAAGGACCUGACGGUGACUCAGCUGCUCGGCCACAUUACCGACUUUCGCAAGAACAUUUCGGACCACAGCUGCCAGCUUCCCGUAGCCAUGGCCGAUCUCGGUGACAACUGGACUGCCGACAUGGCCAGCAAAGUCGACAUUGUCAUGUCCAACGUCCACCCGUUUUUCGCCGGCGUUGACGUCAAGCAGGCGGCCGCAUGGACCUGGAAUUUCUGGACAACCCACGAUGUAGCUCUUACCGCCAGCAACAGCAAUAUUCAUCAGGUCAUUGCUGAAGUCGGCUGGCCGUCCGGAGGUGGUACCGACUGUGGUGGAGCCGCCACGUGCACCGGAGGCUCAGUUGCCGGCAUUGACGAAAUGAACCAGUUUAUGGAAGACUGGAUAUGUCCUAGUUUGAAGAAUGGCACCGAGUACUUUUGGUUCUCGGCAUUCGACGAGCCCUGGAAGAUUCAAUACAACGAAAAGGGCAAAGAAUGGGAAGACAAGUGGGGCCUCAUGGACGUCGACCGCAACCUCAAACCCGGCCUCAAGAUACCCGAUUGCGGCGGCCAGGCGUUACCCACAAAGUACGACCAUUAGACGAUCGAAACGAGCGCGUAUCAAUAUUCCUUCUCUGGACGAGUUCCUGCAUGACGGCAUGGCGUUGGCUGGCGUUUUCCUGUUUCCCUUUUCUGGUCCGGCAUCUUCCAUUUGCGGCGGCGGACAAAGUCUCUUUUCUUCGCGACACCCACACCCACAUUGAUCUCUUUCCCGACAAAAAAGGGCCUUGUAUAUUUGGAACUAGGGCGCAACCUGUGCUUAUCUUGGUUUUCUUUUUUUGCUUUUUUUUACCUGAUUGUUUUUCUUUUUCUGAACCCGGAAUCAUCUUGGGCGGCGGCUUGGUUUGCUCAUCUACCGAUACCUUAUCCAUCGGAUAUGUUAGCCACACACACACGCUUGUUUUUUUUUCUUUCUUCAUCACAUGGGAUAAUAAUUGGAAAGAGGGG